AUGGCCACACCCAGCAAAAUCUCCAGGUCCGACUGGCAGGAACAUCAGUCGACCAUCUGUCGCCUAUAUCAGGACGAGGGCAUGCAUAUGAAAAAACUAAUCGAGGUGAUGUCGAGGGAUUUUGGCUUCAAUGCAAGCAAGGCCCAGUAUAUGAGGCAGUUCAAAGUAUGGGGGAUCCAGAAAAACAUGAAGGGCGACUUCUGGAAAGACUUGAGUCGCGUGUUGAAAAGUAUGAGGCUCAAGAUUGCCGACUUGGACGUGUUCUUCAACGAACGGCUCAUCCCAGAGUCCAAAUUGAGAAAAGAGCUUCCUAGACGCGACCUUCCCACAUAUACGCAGACAACGGCCAGGCCACAAAUGCCAGAGGGCAUAUUCGUUCGUCCAAAGAUCCGUUUACCGCGAAUUCUCAUCAUCUCUUUGCCAUGGUACCAAAUAUGCGCUCAGCUUGAAAUGGCCAUGUCAACGCCAGCAAUGAGAGGAGGCCGUUCUCCGUCGCCAUUGCCAUCCGCCGUCCUGGAUGUCACUGAUGAGUGGCAUGGACAGGAGGACAAUUAUUGCUGGAUGGAGGACUUCCCCAAUUUUCCGCGCGAAAUUGCGAGGAAUCAAUCCUGUCGUCCCUCCAUCGUAGGUCGCCCUACAGUGCAGAAGGCCAUUCGAGACAGCAACAUCGUCGAUGCAGGUAUUGUUAGUGUGUUGAAUCCAUCAGAGUGGUGUACUAGCCGGGAAGGUUCGGCAAACACCAUGGCUCGAAUCGAGGCAUAUAUACCCAGACGAAGCCCCGAGGAAAUCGAAAACAUUGCCAAUCAACUGAUCAACCCCGACGCAACGACGAGGAUGCAAGUCUUCAUGUCAUUCACGGCUCUCAUGCUAGCCAAUAACCUUCUGCAGAUGGAGGAAGUCAAUGCUUUUGUCAUUGCUCUAGACGAAAUCGCUGGGCCUAGUGCUUUUGAUGUGCUCUCUCUGAGGGACGACCCCAGCACUCGUGCCAUCAUUUCAGAAAUUCUGUUCGCAGCCGUGAGAGUCGACAAGUCGGAUCUAGUGAAGAGUGCGAUGAAGAAAGGGUGGGACAUGAAUCGCAUUUCUACUGGCCCUGAGUCGCGAACUUUGAUUGUGGAAGCAGUGCAGUGGGGGAGAGUUCGAAUUGUUGAGAUUCUCAUUGAUGCUGGUGCAGAUAUACCCACAGGAAGAAUGGUGAGCCCAUAUCCACCUGACCAUUUAUGUUUGUUGCACGGUCAUGUUGCAGGGCUCACUACUUCGGAGGCCUACCAACUGCCUGGGUUUUACUGCCAAUGCGAAGUUGAAGAGGCACGGAGAGAAUGUGCUAUUAGCGCAGCGGCUUUUUCGCGUGGAGCUGACGAACUCCUCCCCCUACUGCUCAAGUCGCGAGUCUCUGUAGCGGCUGGUCCGGUGCUUGGGGACGCAAUACGCCACGGCGCCUGCAAGGAAACAGUCGAUAUGCUCCUUCGCAAAGGGGCGACAGCGAAUGAAUGUGUUUUUGAAUUUCAGGGAAACCUUACAGCCCUUGGCGUGGCCGUAGAAUCCGGCGAUAUCGAGAUGGUGAGACUCCUCCUCGACUACGGGGCAAAUCCGAAUGGCCCGGUCACAUUCGGCCAUGAGAUGCUCAUGCGAGAGUACCCCGGGGCGUUCCGGCGGUCGCCUCUCGUUAUUGCUGCUCAACAUGGGGAUCUGGACAUGAUCCAGGUGCUGGUUCAAUGUGGCGCCGAUCCGAAUUGGUCAACUUGGGACAUCCUCGGAGAAAGUUGGAGGGAGGGAUUCCGAUACUAUGACCCCGUCGAGAAUAUUCGAGAUCUCGUCCAUCUUCCCUUACAGGCGGCGGCUCUCGCGGAAAAUCCAGCCACGACGGAAUGCCUUCUAAGAAAUGGAGCAGAUGCGAACCGAGGAUAUGGAAUACCUCCUUUGUCAUUUGCAGCAUAUCGUGGGAGAAACGCGACGGUGGACUUGUUGAUCAAGUCGGGUGCUAAGAUCAACCCAGAUUACACAAAAGCUUGCCUGUUGCCACCCCUCGAAGGAGCAGUGUAUUCAGGAAGUGAGAGUCUGGUGCAGCAGAUGAUCUCUGCUGGAGCAGACUUGGAUCGGUGCUCGUCUGGGAGAUGUGGAACUACCGCACUUCAACGGGCUGCUGAACGUGGGUUCGGUGCCAUCUUCGACCUCUUGCGAAGCGCCGGUGCUAAACUCGACUCUUCCUCGACUCCAAACCAUGCAACGACAAUCCUUCAAGGAUUUGUCAAGCGCCAUGACUACGAGCGGUCGCUUGGGCUGCUGAGAGACGGCGUGUCUCCGAACGGGAAGUGCAAAGAUGACUCCUCGCCGCUGACAGCAGCCAUUCUAGGCGGCGAUGUGAACCUUAUGUCUCUACUGCUUGAAUGGGACGCAGACCCCAACGAUACAUACCCGUUGCCCGCAAAGUACAUACGUUAUAACGUCAAAGCACAUCAAUUUCUGCACACAAGAUCCUUACUAACUGCCGUCCAUUGCGCAGCCGUUGUGGGCAACUUCGAUGCCGUGACCCGUCUAUGCAAUGCCGGCGCUGAUGUGAAUAAACCUAGCGGUUCCGAGGGAGAUACCCAAGACCUCGGCGGCCUGACUGCUCUGCACCUGGCGGCUGCAUCCAACCAUAAGAGCAUUGUUGAAUUUUUAAUUGAUCAAGGGGCCGAUAUCAAUGUCAUUUAUUGCCAGAAGGAUUUACCAGCCAUAUCACCAAUUUUUGCUUCGAUCACAAAUUCCGAUUUUGAAAUUACGAAGAUCUUGCUUCAGCAUGGUGCGGAUCCUUACCUGGGCCAACUUGGCAACGGCGAGAAGCAGGCGAGCGAAUGGCGUCCUGGCUAUGAUAUGGUUGCGCUUGAGGAAGCAUGUCGCAAUACAGACGUCCAGAUGGUCCGCCUUCUGAUAUCGGCUGGGGUCAGUGUCCAUGUCGGAUGUCCUUUGUAUUUCACUUUUGAAACCAAGAGGCAGGCGCAAGUCGAGCGGGAGGCCGAAAUAAUGGAGCUGCUGCUUGCCAACGGCGCGGACGUAAACCACCGGUACGACGACACGGACACCCCCUUGCAAGCUGCACUCACGCCUCCCAGCUGCGAUCAAUCUCAAUCUGCCCGUGUGACAAGACUUCGGUGUGCUCGUAGACUCAUUGAACUCGGCGCUGAAAUCAACGCGGCGCCGUCAAGUGAUGGCUGCGGGAGGACUGCACUUCAAGCUGCUGUUGUGAUCGGCGAUGUUGAAUUUGUCCAAUAUUUGCUGUCCAGAGGGGCAGAAGUCAACGCUCCAGCGGCGCAGGUUGGUGGAGUUACGGCUCUGCAAGCGGCUGCAAUCGGUGGUUACUUGCGCAUCGCACAAAUUCUUCUGGAACAUGGCGCUGAGAUUGAUGCGGAUCCAAGUAGCUAUGAGGGCAGGCGAGCAAUUGAGGGGGCAGCCGAACGGGGUCGCAUCGAUAUGGUGAAAUUGCUCUUGGAUAACUACAACGGACCCAGACCCUUUUCGAAGGUCUGUGAAAGUGCAAUGGAAUUUGCGAAGCGACAAAACCAGUGGUAUAUGAUGGAAUUCUUGCGAUCGUACACGCCACCAACGUCGGCAAAACAAUGA